AUGGCAAGAGGAGCAGAGGCAGAUGACUCAAGGACAUGUCAAGUGCAUGUAAACACAACCAUCUUGCGGCAUAAAGGCUGUGAAAAAACCGUCAACAUCACCUUCUGCGAGGGUUCCUGCUCUGGAAUGUCCAAGUACUCCAUGGAGGCCCAGGCCGUGGAGCAUCAGUGCACCUGCUGUCAGGAGAGCAAAGUCCAUGACGUAGCUGUGACCAUGCAGUGCCCCGAUGGUACAGCCAUCCAGCACACCUACUCCCACAUCGAUGAGUGCAGCUGUGUCCUGGCCUGCAGCUCCCUGCCCAUGACUCCCAGGAGCACUCCCUAG